AUACCAGAGAAACUGAGAAGAUGAGAACACAUUUGAUUUUAGUGAGUCUGCUCUCCCUUUGCGGCCUCUCCAUUAGUGAAGAAUGUAGCCAUGAGCUUCUGGAGAACGUGGAUUUCCCGGGAACAGACAUAACAUCUCUCUACUCUCCUGAUGUGAAUCACUGUCAGCAGCUGUGCACUCAGCACCCCUCUUGUCUAUUCUUUACCUUUAUUCGGCCUGACUGGACCAGAGAUAACAGGCACUUCUACUGCUACCUCAAGUCAACUCCCUCUGGACAGCCUAAUGUUCAGACUCCACUCCUGGGUGUCACCUCUGGCUUUUCUCUCAAAAACUGUACCCCAGACACAAAACCUUGUCUUUCUCAGGUGUACCAGAACGUGGACUUCCUAGGGGCAGACUACCGAUUCUUGUUCACAAGUGACUAUGAGGAGUGUCAGAGAGCCUGCACACAAGACCCUGGCUGUCAGUUCUUUACUUUUGUAAAUGGAGUCUUCACAUUGGAGAAAAUCAGGUACAAGUGCCACCUUAAAUUCAGCUGGACAAUACCAAGGAUUCCUACUAUAGAAAGAAAGGCUGGUGUAGUAUCUGGGUUCUCCCACAAAGCAGAAAAAACUCAGUCCUUUGACACAGUGUGUCAGGGCAAGCUUUUUCCAAGAACUGAAAUCAAGGGAAACAACAUCGAGACGCUGCCCGCUGCCUCACCUGAACACUGUCAGACAUUGUGCUCUGCUCAUCCACUCUGCACCUACUUCUCUUACACCAGUAAUGACUUCAACUGUUAUCUGAAGAACAACCCCAAUGAAAUGGUGACCAUAAGUAAAGAGGGAGCAACAUCUGGACUACCAGCACGCUUCUGUCAGCUAGAUAACAGCUGGGUGCUGGACGCUCAUGAAGGAAUAGAUUUUCGAGGGUCUGACAUUAGCUAUGAGCUGAUGGAUGACCCAGACAUGUGCCAGUGGAAAUGCACAGAGGAUCCCAACUGCCAGUUCUACACUUAUGUCAACGAGAGCUUCUUUGACCGUAAUUACUGGCGCCGCUGCUAUCUCAAGCGUGUCAUCACCAUACCUGCUCCUCCCAAAGUUACCCAAUUAAGUAAUGUUGUGUCCAGCUUCUCCCUGAAGAACUGUGUUGAGAGGGUUUGAC